UGGAGCUGAAUACAAUCUGCGGUCUCCGACCGGUUUCAGGGCAAAGCUGCCAUGCGUUCCGCGGGCCGCGGGCGGCCCCGGCCACGGCUCGGUGAACGUGGCCUCCUAGAGCCACCCUUACUGCCCAAACGCCGCCUGCUACCGCGGGUGCAGCUGUUGCCCCUGCUGCUGGCGCUGGCCGUAGGCUCGGCGUUCUAUUCCCGCUGACCUCAACCCUCUCGGAAUCCCAGCUGCGGAGAGUGGUGGGGCAACUGGACCCGCAGCGUCUCUGGGGCGCUUAUCUACGCCCUCUUCUGGUUGUGCGAAACCCUGGCAGCCCUGGCAAUCUGCAAGUCCGAAAGUUCCUGGAGGCUACGCUGCGAGGCCUCACAGCAGGCUGGCAUGUAGAGCUGGAUCCCUUCACGGCCCUGACACCCCUGGGGCCUCUGGACUUUGGCAACAUCGUCGCCACACUGGACCCAGGGGCUGCCCGUCACCUCACCUUCGCCUGCCAUUAUGACUCGAAGCUCUUCCCACCUGGGUCGGCCCCUUUUGUGGGUGCCACGGAUUCAGCUGUGCCCUGUGCCCUGCUACUGGAGUUGGCCCAGGCCCUCGAUCUGGAGCUGAGCAGGGCCAAGGAGCAGGAAGCCCCAGUGACCCUGCAGCUGCUCUUCUUGGACGGUGAAGAGGCACUGAAGGAGUGGGGACCCAAGGACUCCCUGUACGGCUCCCAGCACCUGGCCCAGCUCAUGGAGUCUAUACCGCACAGCCCGGGCCCCACCAGGAUCCAGGCUAUUGAGCUCUUCGUGCUUCUUGAUCUCCUGGGAGCCCCCAACCCGACCUUCUACAGUCACUUCCCCCACACGGCCCGCUGGUUCCAGAGGCUGAGAAGCAUUGAGAAGCGUCUGCACCGGCUGAACCUGCUGCAGGCGCAUCCCCAGGAAGUGAUGUACUUCCAACCGGGGGAGCCCCCUGGCUCGGUGGAAGAUGACCACAUCCCGUUCCUCCGCAGAGGGGUUCCAGUGCUCCACCUCAUCUCCACGCCCUUCCCUGCUGUCUGGCACACGACUUCCGACACAGAAGCCAACCUCCACCCACCCACAGUCCACAACCUGAGCCGCAUCCUUGCAGUAUUCCUGGCUGAAUACCUGGGACUCUAACUGCUGGGCCAGUGUCCAAGGGGGACCUUACUCAGCGGGAGAAGUGCCAGCUUGGGACCGGACAAGGGCACCAGCUCCAGAGGAGCUCAGGCUGGGUCCACCUCAGAAGGGCUGGCUUGUCCAUUUUACACCUCCAGCCUCUACUUGUGCUUCGCAAGAAGAUGCCACUCUUCAAGGACCUGGAAGAGACCAUUGUGGGGCUGAGACCCAGAGGAAUGAGUCUGGCUCCUGCCCUAAGACAAGCAUUGGUGUGAUGGUUCACGGGGACCAAAUGCUGCUUCUUAGACUGGAAUCUGGACCAGCACCACCACCCACCCAAGUUAAUUCUCUUGGACUUAAGUUUUUUGUACCAGUUUGUUCUCUAGCAUGGCAGCCCUACUGCUGCACCAGUCUAAACCUAACUCCCAUGUGGGGCCCACAGAGAAUGUGUUUAGAGGCAGGGACAGAGGAGAUGGAAGCCAGCACUUUUGAACUCCAGAUUCUGCCAGACCCAAUGAGCAAUAAAACAGUUGUUUCUGCAAAACA